UCAGCUUUACCUUUGAUGUUUUGUUUUGUUUUCUUAUUCUAUGUUAGCUUGUGUUCUUAAUUGGUUUUAUAACUUUUUAACUUCAUAAUUAAAAAGGCUUUUUUUGUUGAACAAGAAACCAAAGUCAAACCACUUACAAUCCUAUCCGCAUGUUAUUACUUAUCAAAGUAUUAUCAGAUUAUACUGUAAUGGGGUUGUGGUCUUACUUGAAUUUCUUAUAUUCUUUGAAAAAUAUUUUUCUAGUUAUUGAUUACGAAGGAUAUGAUAGACUAAGUAGCUUGCCCGAUGAUCUUAUCCAUAAAAUUCUAUCUUUUAUUGGGAUUAAAGACGCUAUUAACACGUGUGUUUUAUCAUCUAGAUGGAGAUAUAUAUGGACUACAUUACCCUAUCUCAACUUCUCACAAAAGAAUCUUCGCACUUCAUACGUGCCCUCCAAAUUUGUUACGGAUGUUUUAACUCACCGUAAUAAUCUAAUUGGACUGUCUUCAAUCACCCUUAGCUAUGGUCGGUUAAACUGGUAUCAUGUCGAAAAAACUUUAAGUUAUGCAUUACGUUAUGAUGUUCAAAAACUGAAACUUAAAUCCUUAUAUGGGCAUGACAUUACAGGCCCGGUCUCUCUCUUUAAUUCUCAGUCUCUAAAACAUCUUACUUUGUACGGAGGUUACUUGGUACCAUUGCUUAUGCCUACAUCGAAAUGGGAACUCUUAGGUUUAACAACAUUGCGUCUUAUGUAUGUUACAUUAUAUAAUGACAAUACUGAUGAUAAGUGCAUAGGCCUUUUCUCCAAGUGUGUGAAUCUCAAGAGUCUCACCUUAGCUCAUUGCACAAUGAAGGGAUUAGAGGGUUUUCGUAUUUGUCAUCCUCGUCUUUCUCAUCUUCGUAUUUAUGACGGCAAAGAGAAGCUCUUUCGAGGUGAUCAAGCUGUGCAUAUCUCUAAAGACACUUUGCAUUCUUUGGAGAACUUGGAUCUCGGUACUUUAAAGGCAGAUGCUAGUAAAAUAUUUGGUCUACUUCAACACCUACAUGGUGUCAAGUUUCUUGCACUUAACGUGGAACUCGUUGAGUUUCUUUCUGCUUCCAUGGAACUAAUCUCAAGUCCACCUUCUCCAUUUACUAAUUUAAAGAGUUUAGAAUUUUACGAAGUAUUUAGACCUCUUGAAAAACCUUUAUCUACUGAAAUCAUGAAGUAUUUUCUAGAUGGUUCUCCAAGUGCUUCCUUCAAAUUAACCACGUACGAGGAGAGACUUCAGAGAAGAAGGGAUCAUAAUCAUAUCGAUCCACCAGGCACACAAACUCAACAUCACAUUCGGAUAUGGUCGACAAAGAUGACGAGUAGUUUGAAAUAUCUAAUUGAGCAAGUUAAAGCAAAGUUUUGAUGAAUAUGCAUAAUUUUGCUUUACAUUACGGUAGAACUACCAACUAUUUAGUAUUUACUAUGUAUAUAGUAGUGUAUUAGUGUUUAUAUAUUUUGUAUUUUACAUCA